GGUGCCGGGCCUGGGUGGUGUCCGCGGUUCCCCUUUCCCAGGCCCACUCCCGGCGGCACCACCCGCCUUUCGGUCCUUGAACUUUCCCGGCAAGGCCGGAAGCGACACCGCCGCCCUGGCGCAGCCACCGCCACCACCGCCGCCGCGGGCGCCGACGUCGCCGGGGUCGGUGAAGGUGGGCGCGGUCCCCAACCGCCGCCUGGGCAGCGUCCGCGGCGUGCCCAUGUCUUUGCCGCCAGGGCGCCGGGCCCGCCUGUCGUCCCCUGGGACCGGCCGCUCGUUCUCCGAGGCCCGCGAGGAGCUGCGGCGCCGCCUCAUGGGCCUCAUCGAGGGCAACCGAGUGAUGAUCUUCAGCAAGAGUUACUGCCCGCACAGCGCGCGGGUUAAAGAUCUGUUUUCAUCUUUGGGAGUUGAAUGUAACAUCUUGGAACUUGAUCAAGUCGAUGAUGGGGCCAAUGUCCAAGAAGUGCUUUCAGAGAUCACUAAUCAGAGAACUGUGCCCAAUAUUUUUGUGAAUAAAGUGCACAUGGGUGGAUGCGAUCGAACUUUCCAGGCCCAUCAGAGUGGUUUAUUACAGAAGCUCCUUCAGGAAGAUUCAGCAUAUGAGUACGACCUCAUUGUCAUUGGGGGAGGUUCUGGUGGCCUUGCAUGUGCUCAGGAAGCCGCCAUCUUGGGAAAGAAAGUUAUGGUGCUAGACUUUGUGGUCCCGACGCCUCAGGGCACAUCAUGGGGUCUUGGCGGUACUUGUGUAAAUGUGGGCUGUGUUCCUAAGAAAUUGAUGCACCAAGCUGCCCUUUUAGGGCAGGAAUUAAAGGACGCCAGGAAAUUUGGCUGGGAGUACAGUCAUCAAGUGAAGCACAACUGGGAGACUAUGAUAGAAGCAAUUCAGAAUCACAUUGGCUCUCUAAACUGGGGCUACAGGUUGUCCCUGAGGGAGAAGGCUGUGACCUAUGUCAAUUCUUAUGGAGAAUUUGUCGAACAUCAUAAAAUAAAGGCAACCAAUAGAAAAGGACAGGAAACUUACUAUACUGCUGGCAAAUUUGUCCUAGCGACAGGCCAAAGACCCCGCUAUUUAGGAAUCCCAGGAGAUAAAGAGUACUGUAUUACUAGUGAUGACCUUUUUUCUCUGCCUUAUUGCCCUGGCAAAACAUUAGUGGUGGGUGCGUCUUAUGUUGCUCUGGAAUGUGGCGGGUUUCUUGCUGGAAUUGGCUUAGACGUCACGAUUAUGGUGCGCUCAAUCCUUCUUCGUGGCUUUGAUCAAGAAAUGGCAGAGAAAGUGGGUUCCUACAUGGAGCAACAUGGUGUUAAGUUCUUAAGAAAAUUUGUACCUGUGAUGGUUCAGCAGUUGGAUAAAGGUUCACCUGGAAAGCUGAAAGUAGUGGCUAAAUCCACUGAAGGACCAGAAACUAUUGAAGAAAUAUAUAAUACAGUUUUGUUAGCCAUUGGUCGUGCCUCCUGUACAAGGAAAAUAGGCUUGGAGAAGAUUGGUGUCAAAGUCAAUGAAAAGAGUGGCAAAAUACCAGUAAACGACGUGGAACAGACCAAUGUACCCUAUGUUUAUGCUGUUGGGGAUAUUCUGGAGGGUAAACUUGAGCUCACACCCAUUGCUAUACAGGCAGGCAAGCUGCUGGCUCGCAGACUUUUUGCUGGCUCUUUGGAAAAGUGUGAUUAUGUUAAUGUCCCGACUACAGUGUUUACUCCUUUGGAAUAUGGCUGCUGUGGAUUAUCUGAGGAGAAAGCUAUUGAAGUGCAUAGAAAAGAGAAUCUCGAGGUAAGAUUGUGUAUUCAUACUUUUUUCUGGCCUCUUGAAUGGACAGUGGGCGGCAGAGACAACAAUACUUGUUAUGCAAAGAUAAUUUGCAAUAAAUUCGACAACGAUCGGGUGAUAGGAUUCCACGUUCUCGGACCAAAUGCCGGUGAGAUCACCCAAGGGUUUGCGGCCGCAAUGAAAUGUGGGCUCACAAAGCAGCAACUGGACAACACCAUUGGAAUUCAUCCCACAUGUGGUGAGGUGUUUACAACCUUGGAAAUUACAAAGUCGUCAGGACUAGACAUCACGCAGAAAGGCUGCUGAGGCUAGGCCCGCUGCUGUUGUGGUUUCCCUUGUCCUAUUCCCCAUUUUUCUCAAAAACAAGAAUGCCCCUGGGUCAAGUGAGUCGGUGCUUAGGCACCUGCUCCAGUGUGUGGGGCACAGUGCUGGACUUCUCUUCCCAGCACAGAGAUGAGAAGGACGAGGAGGCAAGACGGCAGCGGAUGUUGUGCUCAGCGGGCUUGGCUGGCUGGGAGAGGCACAUAGGCUGCCUCCUUGACGUCUUAGCUCGGAACCCAUUGUGAGGUGAGCUAAGGCUGAUGCUCUUCCAUGUCAGACUCGAGCUUCCCUCUGAAGGACCUUGCAAGCACAUAACUCACCCAAGUUAAUUUUUCUGGUUGCUGGUAUUUUUAUCCCCAUACCUUGUUUCUCUGAAAGUGUUUUCUCAGUGUGGAAACUGACUGUAAAGUGGCGAGUCUCCAGUAUGUGGGCCUGGAAUUCUGUGUGGUCACUGAUGAAUGGUGUCCCAGAAGUGCCUUCGAGUAGCUGGCUGUGACAUGUGGGUGCCUUAGCAGGAAGUUGGGCACACCAGGUAGAGAGUCAGCUGUAUACACCGUACCCACCAUCAGACUCCCGCCUCGUGCCUCACCCUCUCUGGGUUCCCAGUGGCAACCAUCUUGGAGUCCUCUCUUAUUAGUGUCUCAUGUCAGACAUGCUUGAAUGUCUUCUCUAUGUUGAUCUUAAGAGUAAUAUUAAAAAGUUUUUAAUACUGUAUUAUGUGAGAUCUAAUUAAUUUAAAACUUUAAAAUGAUUCAAAUCCAUAUCUAUUGAAUUACAGUCAAGUUCAGUAAAUGGACAAGUGAUGGGAGAUUCUUUUUGAAUCUGCACAACUGUCAGCAUCUAAAAGGCCCUUGAAGUGGGGGUCUACCCAAGGUCCUCCUGGAAAAUCUGUUGUUUUCUUGAGAAGUGCACCACAGAGCGGCCAAGGCCAGGAAGGCAGCCUGUGCUCUCUUGAACAGGACAUUAGCCAUGAACCUACUGUCGUAAGAUUGGAUAGUUCUGUGGUCAGGAUUUCUAGCCGUAGGUUUCAAAUGAAAGAUUGAAAGCCAUUCAGCAGUUGGGGAACACCAGUGGAGCCUUGGAGCACCUAGACGAGCCUUUGCUCCCCCUCUCUGGAGACAGGGAAUGGAGCAGGGCUAGAGUGGGGAUGGGGACCCAACAACCUGAUAGAGGAUCUGGUUAUUGAGUUGCCUGUUUACUGGGGAGAGAAACAUACAAAUAUAACUAUGAAAAGUAAGGCUGGUUGUAGCAAUUACUACCACCCACCUAGAGACAGCCAGGUAAAACAGGAGGACGCUAUUAACUUCCACUGGGUAUGGGGUGAAGGGUAGUUGAUUGAUCAGAGUUUAAUGAAAGCAUCUGUAUUUGAACUGAACCAUGAGGGAUGAAUAGGAUUUCAAGGAUUUAAAGCAAUCUGGAGAGAUUCUGAAUGAUGCUUUUGAAGGGCUCAGCUGUAAUUCUAGAUAAAAUAAUUUAAAAAAACCUUUUUGUUACUAUAUUGCUGAGCACCACAUACAUAGAAACAACCAAGCAUUUGCAGGACCCCAGAUGAAAUGAAACCAGGAAGCCUGAGAGUGGGUUCUGUUUGCACUCAGCAUAAUGCAGAAAACCUUAAAGUCCAGGUGUGCCCAGGUGAAGUUUCAAACGGACAGCCUUUGUGUGAAGCUGGGACCCCAGUGGGCUGUACCACCAGUGGGAGGAUGAGCGAAAAACAUACCCUGCUUCCCAGAAAGAAGUAGCAAGGAAAUUUAGCUAUGUUCUUAAGAGGAAGGAAGUAAUC